AUGGACAAUGCCCCGUAUCAUUCCCGGCGGUUAGAGGCGGUGCCGACGAACAGUUCCCGGAAGGAGCUCAUCCAGGGCUGGCUCACGUCGAAAGGUAUUGCUUGGGACGCCAAGAUGCUGAAGAGGCAGCUCCUUGAGAUCGUGUCGUCGGUCAAGCCGCAGUACGUGAAGUACCGUGUGGACACUGCUGCAGAAAGGGCUGGUUGCACAGUGGUCAGGCUUCCACCCUACCACUCUGAGUUCAACCCAAUUGAACUCAUCUGGGCACAGAUCAAGAAUCGUGUCGCAGCCCGAAACACAAUGUUCAAGAUUGGCGACGUUGAGAGACUCCUCAAAGAAGAAGCUGAGCAUGUCACGGCUAGUAACUGGUGCAACGCUGUGAGGCAUGUCGUCGAAAUGGAAGAAAGCUUCAAACAAGGAGGAACGACAAGUGCUCACAUCGAGCCAAUCGUCAUCGCUCUUAAUGAAGGUGACACUUCUUCUGAGAGUGACAUGUCCAGUGUGGGGCCCCUCGACGACCCGUGA